GCAUACGAGUCCGCGGCUCUCCGCACGCCCAUCAUCACCAAGGCGGCCACGAGCGGCGUGGCCUACUUUUUUGGCGAUGCGCUUGCGCAGUUGCGAGUCGGGUCUGGGUCUGCGAAGCAGCGCUUCGACCUGCGGCGAGCGGCGCGGUCGACGCUGGCCGGCUUCGUGUCCCACGGUCCGCAGCUCCACUACUGGUGCCUCUUCCUCGACGCGCAGGUGCGCCUCGGGAGCGCGGCGGCCACGCUAGUUGCAAAGAUCGUCCUCGAUCAGACCGUCUUCUCGCUGUACUUGAACGGCGUCUACUGCGCGCUGGUCGAGGCGCUCAAGGGCGCGCCGCCUGCCGCGGUGUGGAGGCGUGUGCGCGCCGCCGCGCUGCCGUCGCUCGUCUCCUCGUGGCGCUUUUGGCCAUGGGUGCACGCGCUGACGUACUCGGUGGUGCCUCUGCACCUGCGCGUGCUCUGGGUCGACUGCGUGGAGGUUGUCUGGGUCUCGAUCCUCGCGACGUGCACCUCAAAGGCG